AAUCGUAGCUCAAGAAGAAAUUCACGUGUAUUUUGUCUUUUGAUGUAAGAUAUUGAAACUGUUCUUGGCUUUCCUUUUCUCAUUUCUCACUUAACCACUCGAUUCACUUUACACCACACAUUAUAAGUGUGCCUAAAAAAAAUCUCUCAUUACAUACAUUUCUCUUUCUUCUUCAUUUCAUUCUUAUUUAAGAUUUUAAUCUGCUCAAUCGCUUGUAAGCAACUUCUAAGUUCUUUAAUCGCUGUCCAUUUAUAGUAAAAACCUUUUUUUUUUCUCACAUAGAUCUAAGUUCGAGAUCUUCUUUGAUCUCCAAUGGAUUCUAUAUCUGUCUCUGAGGUUACUGUUAUUGGAAGAACACAUUUGGGUUUUAUGCACAGUUUCAGACAGCCAUUUUCUGGUGUUCCAAUGUCUCCAAAGUUCUGUUAUUCCAGAGUUGAAGGGCCAAGGGCAAUAUCAUCAAGUGAUACCAACACAACGAGCCAAUUUGCUUAUGGAGAACGCACAGCUGCAACUAAUUCAGAUCUAGGGUACAAGAUCAAUGGAGUAAACCUAAAAAGCAGAACACUGAUAAGUUCUGUUAAAGAAAGAUUAUUACUUGAUGCUAAUGAUGAUGCGUAUGGUGGAGUAAUCGUUGAUCAUGAAAAAUUACCAUCAAAUCCUUACGCUUUCGCUUCUAUUCUUCGAGCUUCUCUUUCCGACUGGAGAAGAAAGGGGAAGAAAGGAGUUUGGUUAAAGUUACCUGUGGAACAAUCAGAAUUUGUCCCAAUAGCUAUAAAGGAAGGUUUUGAGUAUCAUCAUGCAGAGAAAGGAUAUGUGAUGUUAACAUAUUGGAUACCGGAGGAGGAACCUAGUAUGCUUCCUGCAAAUGCUUCACAUCAAGUUGGUGUUGGAGGUUUUGUAUUAAAUCAACAUAAAGAGGUGCUUGUGGUACAAGAAAAGUAUUGUGCUCCAUCGAUUACAGGUCUAUGGAAGUUACCAACAGGGUUUAUAAAUGAAUCUGAAGAAAUUUUCUCUGGUGCCGUAAGAGAAGUCAAGGAGGAAACUGGGGUAGAUACAGAGUUCUCAGAGGUUAUAGCUUUCAGACAUGCUCACAACGUUGCUUUUGAGAAAUCUGAUCUGUUCUUCAUCUGUAUGUUGAGACCUCUCUCUGAUAAGAUAACCAUCGAUAGUCUUGAGAUCGAAGCCGCAAAGUGGAUGCCAUUGGUGGAGUUUGUGGAGCAACCGAUGAUAAGAGAAGAUAAAAUGUUUAAGAGAGUGAUUGAAAUCUGCGAGGCGAGAUUAAGCCAUCGGUACUGCGGUCUUUCUCCACAUCGACUUGUCUCUACUUUUGAUGGCAAACCUUCUUCUCUCUAUUACAACGUUGUUGAUGAUGAUCAUGAUCCUUCCAACUAUUGCAACACUGAUUUCUUAUAAAUAGAACGGAUCAAACCGAACCAAACAAAAUGCUGUAUAUACUUAUUCACAUGUAAUGUGUAUUGUAUUACUCUCUUCAGUAUAGUAGAUUGUGUUGAAGCAUAAUCAAAUCCCGUAUCACAACAUAUUUGCAUAACAUAACAUAUUUACAUAACACAACACAUUUACAUAGCACAUCACAUUUGUAUAAGUUAGUUAUUUGAUUAAGGGACGCAAGUUGUUCUGUUUUA